AUGGAUGAUCGACAUUGGUGGUUUGCUACAAAACUGCAAGCCUCAUUUCGUAUUGGUGGAUACGAUAAGCCGACACUAUUGGAGGAUUUUAUUUGUGAAUCAAGUACCUUAGAACAUAUUGGAAACUUUCUCGGGCCAAAUGGGGUUUCUGUUUUAUUCUUUUAUUGUGAAAAACUCGAUGAGACAAGGCUAUCAUCCAGGCGUUUACACGUAUCUUAUACAGUGCAUAAAGAUAUCGAUUUUAACGAUAUGUUGAUCUUGUACUUCUUACGGGAUAGCAAUGACGAAGAAAUACUACCACAUAAUAUUGCAGACGAAGUAUGCUGUGGAGAGUUAUCUAGUGCUAUUAUAGCUAGCUUACAGACAUUAUUGUCUGAUAGCUAUGCCCCUCUAUUAAGAGUACGUAAAGAUUGGGGUCAAUGUAGUGAAGAUAAUAUAUCACAGUUAUUCACCAACUUCGAUAAAUUGAUUACUGCAUUAAUCGAUUCAGCCGAUAUUCUAUCGUCAAAUAAAUAUAUGCUAAAACGACCUGAAGCAUCUGUUACAAAUGAUUUUAAGCUGAAUCGUGCUGCAGUUGUUAACCAAACUAUUGUCAGUGAGUUUGAGAUUCUUGUUGCUGAUUGGAUUUCAACUAUCGAAACAGUUCUUCAAAAUCAAGGCGAUGACAGCGGUGUCGAUACAAAUGCUGGUCCGCUCUCAGAGCUAUACCGAUGGAGACGUCGACAUAAAAUUUUUACUAAUAUUACAGAUCAGCUAAAAGGAAAAGAAUGUAAAGCAGUGAUUAGUGUAUUAAUUACAGCAAAAUCCAAAUUGCUAAAACGCUGGAAAAAUAUCGAUGUAUGCAUUACUGAAGCCGUUAACGAAACCAAAGAUAAAGUAAAGUACUUGGAGUCACUAAAAAAAUAUAUUGAUCAACUUUACCACAACAAUUCACCCACACAAAUUGCGAGUAAUGUCCUACCUAUGCUUUUCAAUAAUAUUCGUCAGAUGGACUCAAUUUCUAGGGCGUAUGCUCGAAGUGGAUAUCUUGGCUUAUUCUUAUCGAAGAUUUGCAAUCAAAUGGUUGCCUUGUGCAAGGAGCAUAUUAGUGGAAUUUCACUUAAUGAGAUUGAAAUAGACUAUGAACAUUGGAAAAAUCUUGAAGACUUGAAGAAAAUUUACGACGAUCCUAGAGCUAGUGGUAAAAAACAAGCAGGGCAUAAAAGUGCGACGAUCUUUACUACUGAGAACCAAGACAUGUUAGAUAAAUAUUUGCCACAUAGGUUGCUUGCCUGCUUAGCAUUAGCUAAAUCUAUCCGCGAUUCAAUACGUAAUCUUCGAGACAGCCUAGGUACAGCAGCUUUUAGUACUGUAUCUUCGGCAUCGCAUUUAUCAUCAAUGCAAAAUCAGCAUAACCAAAAUGCGACACCUGCCAAGUGGAAAUCAUCUGGACAAUCAUUAAAUACAGCGCUUAAUAUUGUUAAACGACUUAAUUCUGUUAGUGAAGGAGGAACACCAUCAAAUCAAAUGCCAAAUAGCAUUGGAGUAUCACUAAAUGAUGAAGAUAGCAUUAUGUUUCAUUUUGACCGUUUUUGCAUCCGAGUACGUCAUAUUAUAGGAAUUAUCCAAACUCUUGCGCAGUUUUCUCAGCUUGCAAGUCUAACUACUGGAUUACCUCGUCUGCACAAACAGUUUAACGUUUCUGCUAGCAUUUGGGGUGAGCAAGGUGUCUACGGCCAUUGUAUUACUAUAUUACAUACCGGUAAAGAAUCUGUUGCCGCUGUUGGUCUAGCUUACCGACAUGUGCCUGCUCCUCACCAGAUUACAAGCGUUGUAGAAGAAGAAGAAGACGAUAAUAAUAGUGAGCGCUUAUCUACUCAUGGGCAGUCUAACCCCUUAGGCCGAAUCAAAGUUACAAUUCCAGACAGUGAAGCUGGUAAAAUAGAGAGUGCAGACGGAUCACUAGAUGACGAACCUACCGAAAGUACCGAAGAAGAUCAAGACUUUGAAGAAGAAUUAAGCAUCACUGGUACAAUUAAAACUGUUAUCAAAUUUGCGAAGAAGUUACUACGUGAUACUGUUACAACAGAAGUUCUGCUAGAUGUUGACAGCAUGUAUCGAGAGAGAUUUGAUAAAGCUUACGAACACGUUAUGGCUAUGAUCAAGCAUUUAGAACAGUAUGUCGCUAAAUAUAUCGAGACUGUUAUGUCUAAAAAGAUUACUACACAGCAUGCACUGGACAUCUUGACGAGGUUUAAUACAGUACAAAACCGAAUGCAUAUCAGUACGAUGUUGAAAGAAAAAUUUUAUGAGGCUUUCAAUUGGUACGAGGAAGAGUUAGAAGAAGUACAAGACUUAUAUGAAAAGAAUAAGGAAGAGCCACAUAUUGUUCGACAUGCUCCUCCAGUUGCCGGAGCUAUUAAUUGGAUUCGUCAGUUGUUACGAAGACUUGAGGAGCCUAUGAAGAUUUUUUGCGAUACUAAAUCCGUCAUGGCUGAUUCCACAAGAGUCAUCAAGAAUUACAACCGAAUCGCAUCCACAUUGAUUAAAUUUGAAAGUUUAUGGUUUAGUCAAUGGAAGGCGCACAUUGAUAGUGCUAAACAUGGUCUUAAGGUACCACUUUUGCUUCGUCAUCCUAAAACUGGUGAUCUAAUCGUUAAUGCUGACGAAAGAGUUUCUCAAGUUAUCCAUGAAGGAAGAUGGAUGGCCAGGCUUAAUAUUCAGUUACCAGAAAAUGCUGUCGCAAUCCUAUCUCAGGAAUCUCGAUUUAAAAAAUACAAGCACAAUCUUGAAGCGGUACUUCACGAAUUCAAACGCGUAUGUCAAGAUAUACCGUUACCACUGCAACCAUUAUUUGAGAAACAUACUGAAACCGUUAUGCGCUAUUUGUUGCCGGGCCUAUCGACAGUAACAUGGAAUAGUAUGAAUAUCGACGCUUAUUUACAUCAUAUUCAUACUUCUACCAAUCAUCUAAAAGAAAUUGUAGUCAAAGUCAAUAAUAUUUUAAUAAGCCGAGUUGAUUGUGGGAUAGCAUCGGUAAAAAACGCCAUCCUUUUCGAUAUGGAUUCUAUGUUUUCUGAAGAGUGGAGCAUUAUCGCGUUUCCUAAGUUGCAAAUAAAGAAUAUUGAAGCUCGUAAGCAGGAGCUACUUUCUAAAAUUUACGAGGUUGAAUCUGCGCUCCGGGAUAUUGUUAACAUCAUUACUGAAAAUAACAUUAAUUCUCAACCAUCGUUACAAUACCAAGUUAAUGGUAAAGGAGUGAUAUCGCAAUUAACGAAAUCGAUCAAUAAAAACUUGCAGAGUCAAUCUUUGCAAGAUAGAAAUAAAAGUAGCAACUCUUCGAGUUCAGCCCCGAAUUAUAAAAUUGGUCCAUUUAAUACUAAAUCCUCCAAUAUGUUCGAGCAUUACGGAAAAUUAAUGCAUGAUGCUAUUCUACAUAGCAUUAGCAAAUCACUUUUUACAUAUGCUGAAGCUCUUGGUUGCAAAAUUAAUUUUGUUAAGCAUCCUACUCAGCUCAAUGGUGACGCUAUCGAUAAUUUUGGAAAUUUAAAUAAGGUUCCAACAGUAAUAAUCAAAGAUGAAGCUUCUAAUCAAGAAGAUAUGGUUCUCAAACUUGAUAAUGCAUCGCAAAUUGUGGCUUAUUCUGGAGCAGAACUAAAGAAUGAGGCUCUUUUGAGAUUUAAUGUGGAUAUUAAAUUCUCCAUACCUGAUCUCGUAGUUGAACCAAAGCUGGAAGAUGUGCAAACUGCUGUAAAUCAAGUAGCUCAUGCAAUAAUAGCGAUAUCACAAGAUAUUAAAUGGACCACAACACAACAUGAGGAAAAUGCAUUGGCAUUCAAUUUAAUUAGUAACGAUAAGAUUGUAACUGGUAUAACAAAAUUGAUCUCUUCUACAAUAAGAUCAUAUCAGCAAACAGUUCGUGAUAAACUGAAUUCAUUCCGUCGAUUCAAUUUCUUAUGGGCCAACGAUAUCCACGCAACCUUUAACCAAUUUGUUAAAUCGGGUAUUAGUACAUCAGAUUGUAUGUCGGAGGUUGAGCGAUUGCAAAGGAUAGAGCGAGAAGUUGAAGAUAUCGAUGAUAAAAUUGUUGUUGGUGCUAUUAGCCUUGGUACACUUCCUGUUAGGAACUCACUACGUGGAUUCGCUGCGGCAUGGAAAGUUCAGUACGCAUCAUAUAUGCACGAUAAAGCGAAGGGAGAAUUAGAUAAAAUUAUUGCAUACAGGAUGCACAUAACUGAUCGGUUAGCAAAGGAUGUUUUUACAUUGGAUCAACUUAAUGAGGCUCAGAAGUUGCUACAAGAGUUAAGCGACAUGGAAAACACUAUAGAUGAUGUCUUCCUACCAGUUGAAAGAAUGUAUAGCUUAUUAAGACAAUUUAACCUGCGAUUGCCAAGAUCUGAAGUACAAGAAGUAAGAAAUUUAAGAGAAGAGUGGCAAAAAUUAUUACUUUUAGCUGAAAAGGUACGAUAUCAACUUAUGGUUACGCACAGGACAGCCUUUGAGCAAGAGCUAGAUAAGCAGAUCAAGGCAUUCGUCGUUGAUGUAAUUCAAUUCCGCAAUAGUUUUGAUGCUCAAGGCCCCGCUAUUCCUGGCAUUAGGCCAGCGGAGGCUGUUAAGAGAUUAAUAGAAUUUCAAGACGAAUUUCAAAAGUAUGACGAAAAGCGCCGAAUUUUAGAUGCCGUACAAAAACUAUUUGGAAAACCGCCAGUAUCAUUUCCGGACUUGGACAAAACCGGAGAGGAAUUGCAUUUACUGGAUUUAUUAUAUAGUUUAUUUCAGCGAUUCUUAGCAUUUGAUGCCGAGUUUCGAGAAAGAUUAUGGGCAAAGGCGGACUUAGAUAACGCUCAUCGACAGAUGGAAGUCUUCUGGAACGAAUGUUUAAAACUUCCAGAACAAAUCAAGGGUUGGUCUUCUUACAAGGAACUGAAAGGAUUAAUUGACGGCUAUUUGGCUCUUUUCCCAGUGUUACACCGUCUUGCAUCUAAAGAAAUACGUAAUCGUCAUUGGUUAGAUGUCAUGGUUGCAACAGGUUCAUCCUUUCAGCUGGAAGCAAACGUUUUUAAAUUGAAGCAUCUGUUAGAUAUUGGUUUACUCAGACAUCAGAAUGAAAUUGGCGAAAUUACUCGAUGUGCUAGUCGAGAGUUAGAAAUUGAAGAAACAUUGAGGAACAUAGAAGAGGAAUGGACAGAACAAGUCCUUGCUUUUGAUGAAUUUAAGAAUCGUGGGUUCUUAUGUUUAAGCGCUUCAAAUACUCAGACGCUGCUUGAGCAGUUGGAUGACUCUCAAGUUUCGCUGGCCUCUAUGCUAACUUCUCGUCAUAUUGGUCCUUUAAGAGAUGAAGCAGCUUCCUGGGCAACAAAACUAAAUAGUGUAUCUGAGAUUCUAGAAUUGUGGUUAUCCGUUCAAGAGUUGUGGCUGAAUUUAGAAGCAGUAUUUUAUCAGGCGGAAACAAUCAAGGAAUUACCGCAGGAGGCAAGACGAUUUAACAGGAUUGAUAGAAGUUGGAGCAGGCUUAUGAAACAAGCUUACGAAAUUAGAAAUGUUUUACAGUGUUGUUUCCGCGGCGAUGUCCCUAAAUAUACCGUGCUAAAGCACUUGCUGGAAGAACUAGAAUUAUGCUUCAAAUCGUUGCUCUCUUAUUUGGAUCAAAAGCGCAGGGAAUUUCCAAGGUUUUACUUUGUUUCCGAUUCUAUCUUACUAUCUGUAUUGCGAUCUGCGCGUACACUUGAUUCUGUAAGGCCGCAUCUAAGAUCUAUCUUUGGUAAUAUCUCCAACUUAAAAAUUAAUACUGCUGCUCCAAUAUCGCGUAAUAAGAAAGUUUUAGCGCCCUUGGAUCAUCAAUCAGAGCACAGUAAUGCUCCAUCGGCCGCUACUUUUCGUAAAAGAAGUAGCAUGGAUUUUAUUCCUAUUUCGCUAAAACGGCGUAGCAGUCAAGAUAUGAUAAACAUCCCAUUUCAUAGAAGCUCACAAAAUGCCAUUUCAUCCGGAGUAUCCAUCGCCAAUUCUGUUUCUGAUGCAGACGGACUAUCUGAUUCCAUUAGUAAAAUUUACGCCGUUGUUUCACCUGAAUGUGAAACCUUACAAUUGUCAACUCAGGUACCGCUAUCUGGUGGUGUUCAAGCCUGGUUAAAUGCUUUGUCGACUUCGGUUGAGAAAACACUACUGGAAUUAAUAAAUGAUCAAGUCGACGAUGUUCUUGCAAUGACAUCUAUCGAUGAAUGGGCUUAUAAAUAUCCAGCUCAAGUUGCUCGUCUUGGUUUACAAUAUUAUUGGACUAAGGAAUGUGAGCAGGGCAUUACUGAGAUUAGAACUGAAAGGAAAUCUUUGAGUAAUACUUCCAGGCGAUUUUGGUCCUUUUUAAGUAAAACUACAGUGACCAUUUCAAGAGUAAACUGGAAGCACGUUGAUGAACCUGUAACAAACGUACAUCGUCUCCGUCUGGAGACAUUACUAGCGCAUGGCCUUUAUAUGCGGGAUGUUCUAGAUGACUUAGCCAAGAAGAAACUGCGUGAGCAGACUGACUUUGAAUGGAAGAAAAACUUAAGAUUUUAUCACAUGAAAGAAGAUUCCCAUAAAGAAGAAAAGGUCCCCCAAAUUUGGGUUCUUGACACAAAAUUUAACUAUGGUUUUGAGUUUUAUGGAUGUAUGUCUCCUAUUAUUAUGACGCCUUUAACAGAUCGAUGCUUCCUAUCACUUAGCCAGGCUGUUUCAAAUCAUCGAGGAGCAGCACUUUGUGGCCCUUGGGGCACCGGAAAAACGGAAACUAUCAAGGGAUUUGCUCAUAUGUUAGGUGUCUAUCUAGUAGCCUUUAGCUGUUCUUUACAAUCUGAACCAUCCAGCUUAAUUCGAAUUAUCCAUGGUCUUGCACAGGAUGGUUGUUGGGGCUGUUUCGAUGAUUUUCAUAGAGUUCAAGUCUCUACAAUUUCUGUACUAUCACAUCACUUACAAAUAAUCAUGAAUGCACUGCGUACGAAAGAAAUUUUUUGCACUAUGCCGGGAGGCAUCGAGAUUACGAUAAACCGAAAAGUUGCCUUCUUUAUGACAUAUGAUACUUCAUAUGGAAACCAAGGUGAUCAUCUAUUACCGAGUGAUAUCCGAACCCUCUUUAGACCUAUUGCCUUGACUGCUCCUGAUGUUGGUUUAAUUCUUCGAGCCUACUGCACUUCUAAAGGCUUCAAAGCGCCACGAGUUUUGGCAGAUAGAAUCAAACUGCUAUUAAGUAUUUCUAAGCAUCUAGUGAAAAGUAAUAAUCAACAUAAGAUUAGUUUAUCAUCCAUUCUGUCAUGUAUCAGCUACGCAGCUAAGCGACGUGAUGAUUACCAAGCCUUGCAAAAUAACCCUAAAAUGGGUGACAUUGCUAGAUCGAAUAGCGCUUCUUCAACGCAGAAUCUAGGCGCAAGCGGUGGUGGAUUAAGACCUCGAGCUGAAACUACCAGGAAGAAUACUCCUUCACAACAAUUGUCUCCAGCAAUACGUGGAGAACAUAUGUUUGUUUCACACGCUAUCCAAGAUCUAAUUGUACCUCAGAUCUCUCCAGAGAAUUUCGCUGUUUUUAACAGCUUACUCCAUGAUAUAUUCUAUUCUUCCUCUGAUCCAUACAAACUGGCUGGUUUCCAUGACGGUAGUGGUACUGUUGAAGAGGCAUUCAUGCAACAGACUCAAAAAAGCGGUCUACAUUUUCACGCUCCGUGGGUAUCAAAAGCUAUGCAAUUGCAUAAACUAUCGAAAGUUCAUCAUGGAGUAGUUGUUGCUGGACCACCUGGUAGUGGAAAAUCGACAAUGAUUUCUACACUUAUCGAUGCGUUAUCCCUAUGCUCGAAAAAUGAUCAAGGAGAUGGCAGUAAAAAACAUAUCCAUCGAUUGCAAAAGAUUAAUCCAACUGCAGUAUCAAAUUUAUCGCUAAUGUUCGGUCGGUUGAAUGCAUCUAACGAUUGGGAAGAUGGUAUAUUUACGGCGUUAUGGAGAAAAGCCAAUAAAAAUUUAGCAACAACAACGUGGUUAUGUUUAGAUGCAACGCUAGCACCGUAUUGGGCCGAUAAUUUGAACUGCAUUAUCGGUAAUGGCCGAUCUUUGGAUCUUUUAAAUGGAGAACGCUUAUUCCUAAGUGAUAACGUCAAAAUAUUGUUUGAAACUCAUGAUGUUAGUAAUGCUUCCCCGGCAGUAUUUGGACGUACUGGCAUAGUCUACGUUGAUGAUGGCGUAUUAGGUUGGGUGCCUUUAUCACAUGCGUGGUUAGCAUCAAGAAACGAUCAGGAGAUUAAAGUCCUACAGCCAGUCUUUAGUGCAAUUAUUUCAGAUGUAACCAAUUUUAUUAGUUACGACUGCCAAGUUAUGGUUAAAGUAUGUGAAAUUGGCUUAUUUCAAACGUGCUUAUCGUUAUUAACCGCCUUAUUAGAAGAACAAGCCGAGGUAAUUGCCGAUCUGCAUAUUGAACGAUUAUUUCUGUUUUCGGUUAUAUGGUCUUAUGGUAUGAUUAUGAACGAUCAUGAUCGUGGACGAUUUAGUAAUUUAAUGAAAAGUCUAUCGACAGCUUUACCAGAUUACGAUCUAGGAAUAUCAGUAUUUGAUUAUUAUGUAGAUGAAUCAGGUGAAUGGGAUCCAUGGACAUCACGCGUGCCAGAAUUUUCACCUGAUUCAAUGGAUUUCUUGGGUGAAACUUUUAUUGAUACUGUUACAACAGUUAAAAUUAGCCGUUUAAUGGAAUUGUCAUUUAGUUCUGGCCGUAAUGUUUCAAUUAUUGGACCACCAGGAUGUGGUAAAACAGUGACUGUUAACCGUUUCUUAGAUCAGCAAGAUGGUUCAAGCAUGGUUACAAAACGUAUUGUUUUCUCUGGGACUUCCAGUGCCCACGAUUUGCAACAUUUUAUAGAUGAGAAUGUUUAUCAUCGUCAAGGCUUCGUAUAUGGUGCUAAAGAUGGCAAGAAAUUAUGUUUAUUCGUUGAUGAUCUUAACCUACCAACAUCCAAUAGCGACAAAACAAUACAAGAGAGCCAUGAAUUAUUGCGUCAACUAUUGGAUGAUAAGUUAAUUUUCAAUUAUAACAAAAUUGGCGAUUAUCGAGUGAUUGAAAAUUUACAGGUGAUUGCUACCGCUACGUCUUCAUCAUCAUCCACUAUUAACACUACAACAUCAACUAUGAAGUCUGUCUUACCAGAUCGAUUAAAACGCCAUUUUUCUAUUUUUUAUUUACAAGAACCAACUGGUAAUGCUCUAAAUAGUAUUAUGUCAGGCAUAGUUCACGCUAAUCUUUACCUCUAUGAAAGUGUUCUGAAUCCAGACUUAAUGAAUACAUUAACUCAGGCAUCAUGCGAUGUUUUAGCACGCAUAAAAUCAGUUUUACGACCAUCACCGGUACCUGGUCGAUAUCAGUAUUCUUUUAAUUUACGUGAUCUUAAUAGAGUUAUUCAAAUGUUAAAAAGAUUAUCCAAUCAACCCAGAAUUGAUGAAUUAUCAAUUGUAUCCUUAUGGAAGCAUGAACUUGAUCGUACUAUACGUGAUCGUAUUUGUCGCAACACUGAUUUAAAUUGGUAUGACGGAACCGUUGUGAAAAUCCUUGAGGAAUACUUCCCUAAUAUUUCCAAGGAUGAAUUAAUACAAGAUUAUAUUACAUUCAAAUUGGAACCCAUACGUAGUCGUACACAUACAGGAGCUACCGUUAAAGAUUAUAUUCAGCCAAUCACUAAUAUGAGUGAAAUUAUGGGAUGGAUUCGUGAUCAAAUGAUUACUUACAAUGAGGACUUUGGUAAUCGCAAUUUAAGCGUUAUAUUAUCGGAUUACAUCGUCGCUCAUGUCGUUCGUUUAUUACGAAUUUUAAGCUUUAAUAACAGAGGUAAUGCUGUCUUAGUCGGACAGGUUGGUAGCCAUCUUUCAACUUACGUCCGUUUUGCAUUAUAUGUUUGUGGUAUUCCACAACAUCAUGUUGAUACAUCAUCCGGAAAUACGUUUUAUGAUGGAUUACGCUCAGCUGUUCGAUUAACUGGCGCAGAAGGAAAGCGAUUAGCUAUUGUAUUAAAAGCUAACGAUUUAAAAAAUAGUGUUAUUAUUGAUGCCGUCAACAGCAUCUUAAUUAGUGGUGAAUGCUCGAAAUUAUUUUCUAAUGACGAAUUAGAUGGCUUAUUGCAAGCACUGUCUCACACCUUGAAACGCAAUUAUUCCAAUAUGGAUACUAAUCCAAUGGAUUUCUUUAUCUCACGCGUUAAAUCCAAUCUACAUAUUAUUAUAACUAUACCGCCAACCAACAAUUUAUUAAAAGUCGCCGCCAAUCAAUUUCCCGGCUUUAUAUCGUGUUGUCAUAUGGAUUGGCUAAUGGACUGGUCAAAGCCAUCGUUAAUAAGUGAAGCAACGCAUUAUAUUGCUGAAUAUAGCAUCAUGGAACAUAGUGCUGAAGAUAUACGAGGUAAGGUCGUCCAUAGUAUGGCCGAUAUCCAUGUAUUUAUGUUGAAGGAGUGUGAUCAACUUCCAUGGGCGAUGGAUAAAUACAACGCUAAUCAAAGUAAUGAUCCUAAACAAUGCUUACCGUUUGCUAAAAAUGCAUUAGUUGAAAGGAUAACUACAAAAUAUGAUAAAAAAUGGCAGAAUCGUAAAGACGUCUUUGUUGGGCCAAAUACAUACCGUCGAUUCAUGAAUGCUUUUAAGAAAAUCUAUACAACGAAACAUCAAGAAGCUAAUACAACUAUACUUAAAUUACGUAAAGCAUUACAGACGCUAGAAAGUACGAAAAUCGAAGCUGAAUCAACGGCAUCGGAUAUUGAAAAGAUGAAAUAUAAUUUACGCUUAGCGACUGAUCGUUCUGCUUCAUUACUACAGCAAUUAACGAUACGAAUAACACAAUUAGAGAAAUUGAAGGCUAAAUUAGGUACAGGUGGCAAUGUAUUAGAUGCAUUUGCGACUAUCAAUGAGUUAGAGAUGGCAUCAGAAGUAGAAUCAGUGCCGCUACCCUUAGAUGAUGAAAUGGAUGAGCUGGAUACUGAAUUUGAAAAAUUACGUCAAAUUAAAUUACGUAAAAAGCAUGAUAAGUUAAUGGAAGACAUUACUCGGGCACAAGAAGAAGUCGAUGAAGCGAAGAAAGCCUUAAGUGGUGCUAAAAAUCAAAUACGCCAUUGGAGAAACAAAAUUGAUCGUAGUUGCGUUGAACGUUUGCGUGUAUUCCAAAAUCCACCUUCGCUAGUCGGCACAGUUAUGGAAAUGACGAUGGUAUUAUUAGGAAAGUUGGAACCAUCACCAGCUUACUCAAUUAACUAUAAUACAUCUAGCUCUAAUAUCGCUUCAAAUACGGGCAAUAAUUACGACGACGCAUAUUCAUCAAUACCGCGUGGCUCUAGCUUUGUAGGAAAAUCGAAGCGUGGACGUGAUCACACUAAUAAUGCAUCCAAUCAUAAUCGUGUCGACCGUGAUCUAUGGAAAUCAAUUCAAUUAGCUAUGACUGAUUCACAAAAAUUUAUUGAUGCUCUAUGGAAUAUACAGUGGGAAGAAGGUUUAAGUCCUGACAAGUUGGCAAUUAUGGAAAAUUACUUAGGUAAAAAAUCACCUACUAACUUAGCACAAACAAAUAAUCAAUUAACGGGACUAAGCAUUACUGAAGAAAUGAAUCAAAAUCACCACCAUCAUCACCCCAUCACAUCAAAUUUACUGGCAUCGGGUAGCACAUUUUCUCCACGUCGAUUAUCAAGCUCUACAUCAGUAAGUUUUCAAACAGGAACACAACAAACAGGUGCUGUACCACCUCCUAAUAUUACUAUUGCAGCUGCUAAAUAUUCAUCGGAAGAUGCUGCUAUCUUAGUUGCAUAUAUUAUGGCAUUAGUUGAAUAUACAUAUCAGUAUUCACCUGUACGUGAGAAAAUUGAGCGAUUACAAGAAUUAUUGAUUGAAAAAGAGGAAGAUGAAAGGCGUGCUGCGGAAGAAGAGGAUGAAGUUGAACAAGAGGAAGAGCAACGAGAAGAGAUACAAAUUGAAGAUGAAUUGUCUAUCGAUGAUUACGACCGUAUUGAAGAAGAAGCACACCAGUUGCAGAUUGAAUAUGACCGUGCAGCUGUCGAAAAGCAUAUUUUACAAAAGGAAUACGAUAUUAAUACACAACGAUUGCAAGCAGCUAUGGAAGCCAUCAAUAGUCUUGAAACACAAACAAAGUUAUGGCAAGAUCUAGUCGAUGAGAAUACAUCGUUAGAUUUACUACUAGCUAAUUGUGUUUGUGCUAGUGCAUUUUUAGCCUAUUUAGGACCGCUCGGUGCCGAUGCACGAUCAAAUUGCGCUGCUGAGUUUAUGCGAGCGUGUAUGGGGAAUAAAUUACCAGUGGCUAAAAAAGCGAUAUUUACGGACGUUACCCUAGCUGAAUUUGUAUUAGGCCAAGCUAAUUUAAGGCGUAUUGAAGUAAGUGAAAGGCUUCCUAAAGAUAUUUUAUCGCAAGAAAACUUCUGCAUCUUCAAAUACCAAGUUUAUUGUAAUUCAUGGAUAUUGUUAUGUGAUCCGCAACGUAUCGCAUCCACAUAUGUCGCUGCUAAUGUUGACGACAUUACUAUAGUUCGCUAUAAAGAAUUACGUAAUCAACUAGAUACAUGUUUAAAUGAUGGUAAGGAAAUACUAAUUACUGACGUAGACACCAAGAGUAUACUUGAAGAUAAACGCUUUUCGAUACUAUUGCGCCAUGCUGAUCUAUUUGAUAAAGAGCGUGAAACAUUUAAAAUGAUGAUUGGUGAUCAUGAAGUUGAAUGUAAUCCACAAUUUAGAAUGACAUUAUCAACGUCUUGUCUGCCUAUGAAUGUACCAGAUGAGUUGGCAUCUCAAUUAAGUGUAAUUGAAUUAUCACAUUCAACCCAAGGUCUCGAGGAGUUAUUAUUGGAUUUCUUUAUGCAAAAAGAGAAAACGCGCAUUGAUGAAGAUAGCACACAAAUCGCUGAAGAAAUGAUCGCUAUCUAUAAUCGUUUGGAAACGAUUGAGCAAAAUAUGCUAGAAUUAUUAUCAUGCAAUAAUAAAUUACUCCACGAUCUGACGAUGACUAAAAAAUUAACCUCAUUAAAGAAAGCUUACGAUGAAGCUAUUGAAAAUCAAGCUAGAGUCAAAGUUAACGAAGAUAACAUCAUUAAUACACGGCAGCAUUAUCGACCUGUAGCGAAACGCGGUGCAGUCCUAUUUAAUGUCUCCAAGCAAAUGGCAUUAGUAAAUCCAAUGUAUCAGAUAUCAUUAGAUCAAUUUUUGAACAUGUAUUCAACAUCUAUAUUGCAUUCAGAUAGAACUGUUGUUAAAGCAGUCGUUGAUCGUCUAACACAAUUAGUCUUCUUUUCAAUCGCGCGUGGCUAUUUCGAAAUUGAUCAAUUUUUAUAUGCAUUGCAUUUAGCAAUUGAAGUCGAAGGGUCGGAAGGACGUGUUGGCAAUCUAGAAAGAGAAUAUCUUAUAUCACCGACUUUAGCUAAUCAACUUAUGAUGGCUCAAGGUAAACCAGCGGUCUCUGAUUUGCCACCAAGUAAACAUAUGGGUAAAAAACCAUUUGAAUGGAUGUCUGAUGAUCAAUAUCAGAAUUUAUUAACAUUGGCUUCAUAUUAUGAUUGGUUUACUGAUUAUUUUGAACGCAUGACACGUGAUGGUCGCGAAACUCAAUGGCGUGCAUUAUGUGAACAUUUAACGCCUGAAAAUGCUGCAUUACCUGAUAUUAUCGAAGAUCGCUUAAAACCAAUGCAAAAAUUAUUAAUAUUACGCGCAAUACGCCCUGAUCGGCUAUUGCAAACUACCGCUGCGUUUGUUGUAUCAGUUUUAGGUAAACGCUAUGUCGGUGAGGUUGCAUGUGAUUUGACAACGUCGUACAAGCAAGGCAAUAAUCGCCAACCAAUGCUACUGGUAUUUUCCUCGGAAGCUGAAACUGCUGAACGCUUAGUUUAUGAUUUUUCUGUCAAACGCGGUAUACCGUUAGUUAAUUAUAAUAUGUGCGACUCAAUAGCUGAAGAAAGUCGCAUUAAUAAAGCUGUUCAACGUGGUAUGCUCAACGGCCAAUGGGUAAUGUUACAUAAUGCUCAUUAUGCACCCCAUUUAUUAAAUACGCUAAAUACAAUCUUAUCGGAUACGAAACAAAUUGAUCCAUCAUUUAGGUUAUGGAUAUCAUCAAAACCAAAUACGAUAUUAUCACAUCAGUUAUUACAGUCAUCGAUUAAAUUAGUUGUUGAACCACCUAAGCGCAUGAGAGAAUCAAUAUUAAGCUGCUUAAAUUGGAUCGAACCGGAUACAUUCAAAACAAGUCAGCGCUCAGAGUGGAUACCGUUAUUGCAUAAUCUGUGCUUACUGCAUAGUUCAUUGCGCCUACGUACAAGAUACAAGAAUCGUGGUUGGAAUGCUCCAUAUGACUUAGAAUGGAGUAAUUCAGAAUUUUGGCAAGCUAUUGAAUUCUUUCGACGUGAAUUUGCUAAUAUUGGUGUAUUAGAAAGUAGCGGCGGUGCAACUGGUGUAAAAAAUAUAACUUGGACUGGUUUACGCACCAUGUUAUCAGAAGUUAUCUACGGCAAUAUUAUAUUCGAUAAAUUCGAUCAAGCAACGCUAAACGCUAUUGUUGAAAAAUGGAUUAAUUCAGGUGCAAUUAAACGUGAUUCUGAGCCUAUGAAGGUAAAAUAUCGCGCACCUGCUAUUAUUUUUAGUCCUAAUGUCCGAAUGUCAGCUAUAGCUCAAGCGAUGGAAAAUGUAAAUCAUUCAAUAUUAGAUGUGCCUGAAGCAUGUGGACUACAUUCAUCAUCUGAAGUAGCGCUGGAUGAAGGACCUUAUCUAUUUUAUAUGCUAAGUAAAAUUAUACAUGAUAUGCCAGAUAUUGGAAAUCGUAAAUGGAACCAGGAUCAACAAGUUGCUACCUCGGAUAAAACAAUUACUGUUAAUCAAGCUUUAGCCAUACCUCACAAUACUAAUGCCCAGCCAUUACAUACUGCGUAUUCUGAUCUAGAUAUAAUAAUAUCAUCGACUUUUAUUCCUGGCCGUCGAAGUCGUUAUGUUGACAUACAUGAAAUUGCUAUUAAUCUACUAAGUAAGUUACCAAAAGGCUGGACACGAGAGUUCAUUCAUGAAAGAAUUAAAAAGAAGAAAGGAUCUAUUCAUUCGCCAUUUAAUCAAUUCGUAUUAUCUGAGGUUGAAUUAAUGAAUAAGUUAAUUCAACAGAUUCGAUUAACUUUAACAAGCCUUAAAGAAGCUACACAACAUGACUUACUGGGUGACCAUACUAAUGAUGAUGCAUUACGAGCUGCAAGCGAUCUAUAUUACUUGAGAAUACCUGAAGAUUGGUGUAAAUUGGGUGGACCCUCAGCACCUCCGCAUCAUUGGAAUUUAGGUUAUUGGAUCGAUGAUUUUAAUAAACGUUUUCAACAUUUAGACAGAAUGCUGUUACAGGAUACAAUUCGCGCACAUUAUAAGCAUGGCAUAGCAGAAGAGUACGUCUUACAAAUUGAAUUAACUGCCAGAGAUAAAGAUCAUCUAAGAGAUGCGCCUAAUGAAGGCAUGUUUGUCUAUGGAAUCUACGUUUGGGGAAGUUCUUGGGAAAAGACUGCCGGUGAACUACAAGAUGCAGCCCCUAAAUCAAAUCCAUCAUCGCUUCCAGUCAUUCAUAUCACUGCAGUACCAAUAUCAGAUAAACCAUGGAUAACCGAUCCUAGCUCAUAUCCAUCAGUUUAUCAAUGUCCAUGUUAUUGUUCCCGUAUGAAUCGAGUGGAACCAUUAUUUUGCUUAGAUAUCAAAAACGAUAGUGGCGGAUCGCGCUGGGCACUUAGAGGACUGUAUGCAACAUUACGUCCAUUUUAA